UCCAACCGCCACAAGUAGCAAAAAGCAUAGAUGACCACAGGAGGGCCCUCGGUAGAGGCCAGCACCACCAGCAGCCCCACCAGCAGCCCCGCACAUGGCACUUCUGGGAUCCCUCCCGGCAACGUGGCUGACAACACUUCUAAGGACAUCCCAGCAGGAGGGCCCCAAGGUCAGGCCCCACUCACAGCAGAUGUCUUGGUGGUGAGCAGCUCUGCCGCAUCUACCGACCAGCAGGAUGUUGAUCAGGCCUCCUUCCAGACGGCCUCUCCCGAGGCCAUGUCAACAUCUGGGGUCAAAGACAAGGGUUCAGUUGUUCCAGAAGAUGACCAGAAGACACCUAGAAAAAUCACAGCUCUGCUUCCCAGCCAAAACCCAGGUCCCCUGCAAACAUCUAUGAGCCUCCAGAAUCCAACGUGGGACAUGCUGGUUCAAGAUGCAAGGACAAGUCACAGUCUAGUGGUUUUCCCAAGUCACCUCCUGGGUAAAGACAAGACAUCACAAACAGCAAGUGUUCCCAAGAGAGAGCCAGAGUCAGCUCCCUCUGCCCCGAGUGCUGAGCCACAGUCCACCCAGCACGUGGAGGCUCAGCCAGCCGGGAGUGAUGCUGACGAGGUCACAGCUGGUGCCGAUGGCCAGGGUGGCCCUGAGGCCACUGGCACCACCAAGGCUGCAAAAGAGAAGGCUGAGUGUCCGAAGGCCCCGCACCCUGAUGCUGAAGCUUUGCCAUCCGAUGAGUCCCCAGUGGCCAUGGGAAAGAACGUGGUGGAGAGCUUAGGAGACCCGCAGGUUUGGUUCUUCCCUCCGUCUCCAGCAGGCAAUGUGCCCCCGUCACCCGGCCCCCACGAGGUGGCCCUGGGGAGGAGACCCCUGGACCCCAGCCUGUACAUGGCCAGUGAUGAGAACAGCUACAUGCGCUCCAUGACCAGCCUGCUGGGCAGGGGCGAGGGCUCCAUUAGCUCCCUGGCAGACAUCCUGGUGUGGUCCGAGACCGCCAUGGGCAUGGCCGUGGCCACGGGCUUCCUGGCCUCUGACCACAGCACUGUGGCAGACCUGCUCCACAGCUCGGGGCCCAGCCUGCGCUCGGUCUCCAGCAUGCUGAGAAGCGUCGGCUCAGCCUUCUCCUCCGGGCUGGUGUGCGGGACCGGCUCAGCCCUGCGCGCCAUCGCCCACGUGCUGGAGACGGUGGAGCAGAGGACCGUGGAGGGCGUCCGCUCAGCCAUGCGCUAUCUGACCAGCCACCUCACCGCACGCCGGGCCCAUGCUGACCCCAACUAUGAUUAGAACCCUGCACAGGGACCCCCGAAGGGCUGGUUCAGUGGCCUCCAGAGCCCCCUGGGACCCUCACGCCCUGCUCCCUUGCCCACCUCUGCUCUGGACGGUUCCCCCAGCCCAUGCAAUAAAUCACCAGCAAGCGUUU